GUUUUACCUGGUGAGGUAGAGAAAAAAAAAUGAAACCUAACACGUCAGCCCUUAUGUCAACACAAGUCCUUAACAAGUAGUCUGGCGUUAGUGCUUUCAGCAGAUUAGUCGUAUAGUUUCUCGGGUCAGGGUUAGUUACAGGUUAGAUGUACAAUAUAUUUCUGUUUUCAUUUUAAACACGCAGGUGAUAAGUUGUGGAGUCGAGGAACUGAAGAACGCACACUGUCAGAGGAGAAACAUGUCUGCUGCAAGAAAGGACCUCCAGGAGGCCUUGUGCUGCUACACCGCAGACACCCUCAUCGACAUCGACACAGUAAAAGAAUUCUGUGAGCAGAGUUCUAAAUGGAUACUAAAGAGGGAGAAAGAGGUGGAUAUGAUGAUUGACAUCAAAACCAGGGCUGAUAAAAUUGACCUCUGCAUCGGCCAUGUUACCCAGUCACAGACCAGAGGUAAAGCCUUUCUGGAAUAUAUGAAGAGCAAGGUAACCCAGGGUACUGCAGACAGGAGGCGAGCAGAGCUGGAGGAGGAGCUGGCUGCUCUGCUGAAGUCCACUCUGGAAGGCCUGGGGGAGCUCGACUGCUUCUUGGAUGCGGUGGAGAAUCUGGCGGUCACCUCACUUCCUUUGUUCAUGGAAGAGAACCAGGUGUUACAUCUGCCUGAAGGGAUCAGCCCUGUAACGGUUCAGGUUGUCAUCAUUGCUGCACGGAAAAUCUGCCCUCACCUCCUCGAGUUUAAAAGAGAUGCAGACGCCUUCUUCCGCCCCAAACUUCAGAAUGUUGAAGUGCUGGCAUAUCAGCUGGACAAAUACAUAAGGACCACCGAGAACAUCUGUGAGAAGUUAGAGAAAAGCUCCUUCUGUGACUUUUGCCUGAAGAUGAACGACGAUACUCUGGUAGACCUCGCUGUGGAUUUGUCUGAAGAUGACACACAAAGGAUGCUUCAUCACAUUAAUCAGCUCGAGGAACUCAGGAUGAACCAGAGCUUCCGGAUGGUGUUCUUGUUUCAGGAGGACGAACCCUGCUCUGAUUUCAUCAAUAAGUUUAAAGAGCGACAGCCGAGGAUGGAACAGUCUCUCAAGGACCUGGAGGAGCAUGCUGUUCAGUUAGACAGGAUGAAUAAGGGAGCAAAGAUCUCAAGUGUGGCAGGCAGCUCAGUGGGGGCAGUAGGAGGUGUGCUCUCCAUCGUUGGUUUGGCUUUAAUUCCUGUAACAGCUGGAGUGUCUUUGGCUCUGACAUUGACCGGGGUAGGCAUGGGAAUUACAAGCGGAGUCAACAGCGCUGUCACCACCGCCACAGAGAUUGGAGUAAACCAUACAUAUCAAAAGAAAGCCAGAGAAGUACUCGAGAGCUUCAUGGAGGAUGUGCAGUGUCUCCAGGAUUGUCUGGAGGAGGUCACCAAAAGAGAAAAAAUCCACAUAGAUGUUGUUCUCGGGGUCGGCAAGGUGCUAGCUAAAGUAGGUGUUACUGGAAAAGGUAUUGACUCAUUAGUUGAUGCAGCCUCUGCUUUCAAGCUGUUAAAAAGUGAACAGCUGGCUGUGAGUGCUGGUAAAGUGGCAGUGCAGGAAGGGAAAGCUUUACGCAGCGUUCCCAGGGUGGCGUCAGAUAUCCCAGAUAUCGGUCAGGCAGCAGUCAAAGGGCCUCUUGCCCUCUCCAAGUCAGCCAGGGCCGGUCUCAUUGGGCUCAAUGUUCUGUUCCUCGGCAUGGAUAUCUUCUUCAUCUGUAAAGAUAGCAUGAGUCUGGCCAAAGGAAGCGAGACUGAGGUCUCACAGUUUAUCAGAGCCAGAGCAGCACUUUGGAGAUCAGAGGUGGAUUCAAUGCAGACGAUCCAUGACCUCCUCUGCGAAGGUUUGAAGAUUUCGGAAGAAAACAAAGCUAUCCUGAGACACCAAUUUUUCCAGAGAGGAAGUAAAUGAAGUACAUUCUAUAAGCUGUAUGAUCUGCAUUAUUUGUAAGUAUAAUUCUAACUGCCUUUUUUAUUGCACAAAUUAAUCAAUACAGUUUUAAACAGUUAAAUGUUGUUUCUGUUCACUUCAAUGUUGGAUAGAUUUUGGAUGUUUUUAAAUGAUAGCAUGAUCUUAAAUAAUUUUCUCCAAGAUGCUCAACCACACCAUUUAUAUUUUAUAUGUUCAAUUUCUCCUAAUGACAAUACCUGCACCUGCAUUUUGCAAUAAUGUUGCCAAAUGAAGUUUGAAAAUAUUAGUUAAGUUUAAAUGUAAACAUAUUUCUUGUGUUUAUAUUUGGAAAUGUGUAUUGUUUUAUAUGUAUUGUUUGUACCACUAUGACACUGCAGAUAUUAUUUGUCUCUAACUUGUCUUAUUAUUUUAUUGGUACUAGAUGCGUAUUUUGUAAAUUGUGAAUUUUGUCAUUUCUAUAUUUUAUACAUACGUAUUAAUUAAUAGUAUGCUAUCUUUGGCUCUUUACUUGCUGUACAAAUGUAGUUGUGUACCCUCUGUGGGAUGAAUAAAGGUGUCUCAUCUGAUAA